UUAUUGCCAUAAAACUAGCUUGUGAUGUCACAGUCUCUUCUCCGGUUUCAUACUUUCAUUUCAUCUCCCAAUAUCUUUCUUUGAAUAUUUGUUUGCAGAACCAACUUACUUUUUCUCUGCGAAAAUCAGUUAUGCCACCUUUGAAGCGGCACUAGAGACGUUUCUGAUUUGCCACCUUUCAAACGGCGAAAAGAAACUUUUGAAACGACAAAAGAAAAUAGCCCUACUACCUCCAUUCCUCGUGACCUGUGUCCCUUGUUUGCAGGAUUGUAAAUUGUAAUCAGUACCAAUGUAGCAUCACUCCAUUACCCUACGUUUUAUCUCCCAAUAUCUUCAUUUGCAGGAUAUCCUCAGUACCAUUACCCUACUUUUUCUCUACUAUGCCCUCAUCUCCAAACUCCAAUCCAUCUCACUGUCUCAAGACUCUCUACAAACCAUCCUCUCUCCUCUCAGCAUUUCGCUAGCCAUUCUCAGUCACCCUCCGGCCUUCCGUGUUUCAACAGCCCCGCGGGCCUCGGUCGGACCUCCCGCCCUCGCAAGAACUUCUCCUCCGACUUACCCUCUUCGCGUCGGCUCUUACCUUACCUUUACUUCUUUGCUUCUUGGCUCUUUCGCUUCCUCUUCCUCUUCAACCCCUCUCGUGCUUUUCGUCGCAACUAACAGAGCGGGAGACGGUCGCCGUGGGUCGCUUCUCAUCUCAGUGUUGAUGCUCAGAUUGGCGAUUGGUUGUGCCCGCUGUGCAUUUAGGGUUCCGGAAGAUCCGUUUCUCGAUUUUCUGCUUUGACAAAACAAGGGACGAAGGGUUUGUGAUACGGUUUUUCCAACAUUCCUUAAUUUUUUUUGGUUGUUACAUUUUGCUGCAUUAGAAGAAGACUAAAAGAAUGGGUAGCAGACCCAGAACAGUGUUGGUGAUGGCUAUUGUAGCAGUGGUGGUUGCAGCGUCGAUUGAUAAUGUGAAUGGGGAGAAGAAGUGCAAUAAAGGAUUGGAAUGCGAAGGGUCAAUCUAUUGCUGCAACAAGACCAUAUCAGAAUUAUUCACUGCAGACCUGUUUGAGAACCUCUUCCCCAAGCGUAACUCACCAGUAGCUCAAGCUGUUGGCUUUUGGGAUUACCAAUCCUUCAUUACUGCUUCCUCCCUCUUCCAACCCCUUGGCUUUGGCACCACUGGUGGAAAGCUUAUGCAGAUGAAGGAGAUUGCCGCGUUUCUUGCCCACGUCGGCAGCCAGACUUCCUGUGGUCAUGCAGCUGCCCCUGGGGGACCUUAUGCUUGGGGGCUAUGCUACAACCAUGAAAUGAGCCCAAGCCAGUCCUAUUGUGAUAACAGCUACAUCUAUCCCUGUGCUCCUGGAGCUGAGUACUAUGGUCGGGGUGCCUUGCCUGUCUAUUGGAACUACAAUUAUGGGAUGAUUGGGAAUGGUUUGAAGGUGGAUCUGUUGACCCAUCCGGAAUACUUAGAGCAGAAUGCUACCAUUGCAUUCCAAGCUGCUAUGUGGAGGUGGAUGAACGCAAUGAAGAAGAAACAGCCGUCGGCACACCAAGUCUUUGUUGGCAACUGGAAGCCCACCAGGAACGACACGUUGUCCAAUCGGACGCCAGGCUUUGGAACCACAAUGAACAUUCUCUAUGCUGAUCAGGUGUGUGGUCAGAGUGGGAACAUGGAUUCCAUGACUAACAUCAUCAACUUUUACCUCAAUUACCUUGAUCUGGUGGGAGUUGGCCAAGACCAAGCUGGACCCUAUCAAAACCUAACCUGUACCGAACAGGUGCCCUUCAACCCUUCUUCCUCAUCUUCCUCGUAAGCUUAGGAAUAUAUGCCUUCGUCUGUGGUGCAUUGCAUGGGACACCUGAAAAAAAAAGGAUAAUUUUAAUGGAGAAGAAUAAGAGGAAGAGAGAGAUUGUAUUGAACAAAUUUUCUUUUUCAAGAUGCAUUAUUGACACAUGGUUCAACAUGUUGAACACUAA